AUACAACGUCGCUUCAUCCUCGUCGUUGUAGCACAGCUAGCUAAAUGAAACUGAAAACAUUGCCAUUGAGGCAACAAACUCGAUUGAUUUGACAAACCAAUCCCAGAUUGUCAAGUGUACAGAAGCAGCACAGCAGAUUACUGUUUAACGUUCAUCUGUGUCAGUGUCAACAGUCUGAGGGCUACCUACCUAUCUAAGGAACAUUAGAGAUUGACUGAGACAACAGUAAGGUUUGACCACAGGGGUCAGAAGGGCUGAAGAUGGCAGGGUUCCUGGACAACUUCCGCAUGCCGGAGUGUGAGUGCAUUGACUGGGGGGAGAGGAGAAAUACCCUUGCAUCCAUCGUCGCCGGAGUCCUGUUCUUUACUGGUUGGUGGAUCAUGAUAGAUGCAGCUGUGUCCUACACAACCCAGGAGAUGAACCCUGCCUUCCACACGUGUGGAGUCUUCGCCACUGUAGCCUUCUUCAUGAUCAAUGCAGUGUCUAAUGGCCAGGUGCGAGGUGAUACCUAUGGAGAGGGCUGCUUCGGCAGGACCGGAGCUCGUCUUUGGCUGUUCAUCGGUUUCUUGAUGAUGUUCGGCUCCCUCAUCGCUUCCAUCUGGAUCCUGUUCGGAGGAUAUGUGGUUCCCAAGAAAGACGUGUAUCCAGGACUGGCAGUGUUCUUUCAGAAUGCUUUGAUAUUUUUCAGCACGCUGAUCUACAAGUUUGGACGGACCGAGGAUUUGUGGGCUUAGAGCUCUCUGCAUAGUACAUCCCUAACCCCAUCUCCCCAACACACACACACACACACUCACUCACUGGGGUACUAUUGUUGUUUUUUACCAGAGUCAAGGCCAACUGACUAACACUACUCAGCUCUUAUCUACAAUGUUCUAUAUAUUGGCAUAUGUAUUACCAUUAUACGCCUACCUAUGGACAUUGGAGUAAUGUACUGUGUCAAACUAGCCUCUGCCGAGUAUAGGCUAUUUGUUUUCCUCCACUUAUCAUCCAUAACUGGGCCCUGAAGUUCAGCCAUAUUCACAUACUUGACAUUAGAUUUAUACUUUUGACUAAAACAGUUUUACAGUGUCGUAACACUAUGUUGAUAGAUGGUGGGACAAUUCACACUUUGUCAAAUGUAAUCAUGACAUUUCUUUAUCCACCCCGUAUUCCAGAGCACCUCUGAAGUAUUAUUGUGUUGCCCUCAAGUGAUUCACCAUCUCCCAAAGAUUGUUUAUUUAUGUAAAUACAUAUAUUGUAAGAGCUAGAGGCCUUCACCGUCCAAAAAGUUUGGACCUGGGGAUUUUCUACCCGGACCGGAUAUGCAUAAAUAUUUUUUUAAUAUAGAGACCCGUUCCGUAUAGACCUGGUCAGAUCCAGACCCGAUCCGAGUGAGGGAAGCAGCAGAAAAGGCUACUUUAUUAACUGGAGCUGAUAAAGCGUGAGGGUGAGAUAGGUGCCGCUCUAGCAGGGGCCGUGCCUGCUGUGUGUUCGUGGCUACUGUGAGUGAGCGAAUGAUGAGGUGGAGGAGCGAGAGAGACUACAGACCGCAACCAGCCAAGCCGCCUCGCGCUAUAGUAGACUAAUAGCUGGUAUAUCUAGGUUAUUUAUCAUCAAAUAUGAUUACGUAGUACCUGUCUUGACUGCAUCAAACUGGCUAAUUGAGGCUGCGUACUCUUUCUCAUCCUAAGCAGUUAAACUACAACAAUUCAGAAUAUUAAGUAGCAGCCUACCUGUUGAUUCGAGGUCAUUGUAGCUAUCCUUCACCUUUUUAACUUUUAAUUCCGUCAUUUUAAUUCCAUCUUCCAUUGAUUAGAUAUCUCCUAACUUUUGCCACACGGAGGCUCUAUGACUGUAUCCUAUUGCCGCAUUGAUGACUUAUGAUUGGCCAACAACAACAAGCUUCACGCGCCAAUAUUAUGACAAGCAAGAGCAGCAGCAUAAAUUAUACAAUUUCUCAUUUUCUCUCUCCUGCAGCAGUCGCGUUCGGAUCGGUACGGGUCCCACCGGUCAAGUCACUUAAAAUUGACACAUGACCAUUAGAUUCGACUAAGACCCGUGAUAUUUAGAAUUCUGGAUGGUCUAGGGUACGGGUGUCUGGUAUUUGGGUACAGGUGGAGACCUCUAAGAGCACAUGUUAUCACUGGGAACAAAGUUUUUUGAUUGAUCUGCUCUAAAUUCUAUUUUAGCAAGCUGUUAUCUAUCACUUUUAUCACAUGCACUGGAUUAUAUCAAAGCGUUUAUGGGAAGCCAUAUAUAUUUUAAGCAAAGCAUUUAUGGGAAAUUUGUCUGCUUCAAACUACGAUCAGUUCCUGUUUGUUUUAAAUGGGGUAGCUGUCGUUCUGUCUCAGGAUUUGUCAUUUUUUAAGUCUUUUUUUUUUUUUUAAGUCCGAAGCAUUUUUUUCUAUUGUCGUUCCAUUCAGAAAGUGACAAAAGUAUCUUUAUAUGAACAAAGGUAACCUUGUAACGGUCGUCGUUAUCUUAGCAAAGUUCCCUUCGCCCAUUUAAACAAUGUUUCUGUUUUCUACAUAUCGAGUUCCCAUCCAAAAUAGCACUAGUUUAGGUACAGUGAGAUCCUGCAUCUGAAUCCAAUACUAUUAGGUAUACUACACUACUACCCCACAGAUUGUGCUAUAGUGGGCCUAUCCUGCAUCUUAAAAAUGCUUAAGUAGAUAAAGAAGGGGUAUGAGCAUGAUGUCACAAUAGCAAUUUGCAUCAGCCAGCCCAAAGCAUGCUGGGGCGUAUCAGCUCCGUAAUAACCAUUUACGCCAAUAUUCAAGCCAAUAGCUGAAGAAAAGGGUCAAGCAUGUAUGGUAGUAGACAGGUGGCUCCUUUUUCUAGUGUUGCUAUCGACUACCUCAUCCCUUUUGUGUGAUAGCUGUUCCAUUUAGCAGCCAUGUGACUAAGACUGCCCUGGUUCUCACCCUCUUCACCUGUUUAAAAAAAAAUACAUGUCAAUCUGAAGCACCAGGGCUGUGCUAGCUAUGUAUUUUUAGGAAGGGAACAAAUUUGGAAGGCAUUAUUAUAAGGAUUUGGCGUCAGGUCAGUGUUGAGCUAGAGGUGGAUGAAUAUGGCUGAUCGAGGUCCGUAAACUGGAGCUCGGUAGCUGGAGAUAAUGUUUUUGUCUGGUGGUGAGUAGUUGACCAGAUACGGGCUGAACAGAUACGGUUCCUCCAGCUAGAGGAAGUUGAUUAAUAAAAAAAAAACUCAGUCCCCAAUGUAGCUAAAAUUAACAGAAGGAAAUUUAGGUGUGAAAUCCUUAUGGAAAUAGUAUUUUUGAGUAGUAUUGACAGAUGCAGCGUGAUUGGUUGGUUCUUGACUGCCAAGAGAAGUAAACACAGAUGACUUUUGACUUAUCUGAAAUUUUCAUGUCGUCUGCUAAGCAUCCAAUGCUAAUGACAUGAAUCUGUCGAUCUGGAUGUGAAUGAGCUACAACCAGUGAAUAAGAGGUCAUUAUGAAGUGUUUCAAUGGGUUAUAUAUACAGUGCCUUGCGAAAGUAUUCGCCCCCCUUGAACUUUGCGACCUUUUGCCACAUUUCAGGCUUCAAACAUAAAAGAUAUAACACUGUAUUUUUUUGUGAAGAAUCAACAACAAGUGGGACACAAUCAUGAAGUGGAACGACAUUUAUUGGAUAUUUCAAACUUUUUUAACAAAUCAAAAACUGAAAAAUUGGGCGUGCAAAAUUAUUCAGCCCCUUUACUUUCAGUGCAGCAAACUCUCCAGAAGUUCAGUGAGGAUCUCUGAAUGAUCCAAUGUUGACCUAAAUGACUAAUGAUGAUAAAUACAAUCCACCUGUGUGUAAUCAAGUCUCCGUAUAAAUGCACCUGCAAUGUGAUAGUCUCAGAGGUCCGUUAAAAGCGCAGAGAGCAUCAUGAAGAACAAGGAACACACCAGGCAGGUCCGAGAUACUGUUGUGAAGAAGUUUAAAGCCGGAUUUGGAUACAAAAAGAUUUCCCAAGCUUUAAACAUCCCAAGGAGCACUGUGCAAGCGAUAAUAUUGAAAUGGAAGGAGUAUCAGACCACUGCAAAUCUACCAAGACCUGGCCGUCCCUCUAAACUUUCAGCUCAUACAAGGAGAAGACUGAUCAGAGAUGCAGCCAAGAGGCCCAUGAUCACUCUGGAUGAACUGCAGAGAUCUACAGUUGAGGUGGGAGACUCUGUCCAUAGGACAACAAUCAGUCAAAUAUUGCACAAAUCUGGCCUUUAUGGAAGAGUGGCAAGAAGAAAGCCAUUUCUUAAAGAUAUCCAUAAAAAGUGUCGUUUAAAGUUUGCCACAAGCCACCUGGGAGACACACCAAACAUGUGGAAGAAGGUGUUCUGGUCAGAUGAAACCAAAAUUGAACUUUUUGGCAACAAUGCAAAACGUUAUGUUUGGCGUAAAAGCAACACAGCUCAUCACCCUGAACACACCAUACCCACUGUCAAACAUGGUGGUGGCAGCAUCAUGUUUUGGGCCUGCUUUUCUUCAGCAGGGACAGGGAUGAUGGAUGAAGCCAAAACAGGACCAUUCUGGAAGAAAACCUGAUGGAGUCUGCAAAAGACCUGAGACUGGGACGAAGAUUUGCCUUCCAACAAGACAAUGAUCCAAAACAUAAAGCAAAAUCUACAAUGGAAUGGUUCAAAAAUAAACAUAUCCAGGUGUUAGAAUGGCCAAGUCAAAGUCCAGACCUGAAUCCAAUCGAGAAUCUGUGGAAAGAACUGAAAACUGCUGUUCACAAAUGCUCUCCAUCCAACCUCACUGAGCUCGAGCUGUUUUGCAAGGAGGAAUGGGAAAAAUCGAUGUGCAAAACUGAUAGAGACAUACCCCAAGCGACUUACAGCUGUAAUCGCAGCAAAAGGUGGCGCUACAAAGUAUUAACUUAAGGGGGCUGAAUAAUUUUGCACGCCCAAUUUUUCAGUUUUUGAUUUGUUAAAAAAAGUUUGAAAUAUCCAAUAAAUGUCGUUCUACUUCAUGAUUGUGUCCCACUUGUUGUUGAUUCUUCACAAAAAAAUAGUUUUAUAUCUUUGUUUGAAGAUUCUUCACAAAAAAAUAGUUUUAUAUCUUUGUUUGAAGCCUGAAAUGUGGCAAAAGGUCGCAAAGUUCAAGGGGGCCGAAUACUUUCGCAAGGCACUGUAUAUGCUAUUAUACCCCCCAAAAAUAACCACUUUCAAGUUGUGAAAGGGGAAGUGUUACAGGGUACUGAUUCAUCAAGCGUUUUGUAGUAGUUCUGUCCUUGAUCAUUGGCUUCCUCUGUUCAAAUUUAACGACAGACGUGGAGUAAAUGGUCACAUAAUCUGCUUCAAUAAAAAAAAAAAACAUUUUAAA